AUGUCACAUCCAGGAGACAAGCCAGAGGGACCAACCUCAAUCUCAUCCAAUGUGGAAGUCGGAAUGAAGAGAGCUGGAGAGCAAAUGGAGAAGGCUGGUGAGGAGUUGAAGAAGACCAAGACCGAGAUGCAAGCCGGAUUUGAGAGUGCCAUGGAGAAGGGCAAGGAGAUGAUGCAACCAGCAAUGGAUAAGGGCAAGGAGAUGUUGGAGCAAGCCGAGAAGGUGAUGCUCGAUGCCUAUAAUGCUACGUGCAGGAAGACUGCUGAGUUCAAGGAGCAGAUUGAGACAAAGUCCAAGGAGUUCAUGGACAGUCUCCAGAAGAAGUCCGAGGAGGCCAAGGAGGAGAUCCAAAAGGAUGGUGAGGCAUUGAAGGCCAAGGCGGGUGAGCUCAAGGACAAGGCCCAGAAGGACGGAGAGUGUCUCAAGGAGAAGAUCGACAGCAAGGCAGCUGAGCUCAAGGACAAGGCUCAGAAGGAUGGAGAGUGUCUCAAGGAGAAGAUGGACGAAAAGGCUUGCGAGAUGAAGAAGGAUGCUGCCGGUCUACAAGAGAAGAUCGAUGCCAAGAUGGAUGAGGUCAAGGAUGACAUUGCCGAGGCCGCAGAGAAGGUUGAGGAGAAGGCUAUUGCCUCCAAGAAGGGUAAGGGCAGAGGCAGACCCAAGAAGGCCAGCAAAUAA